GACUUGAGACAGGAAUUCUCCCCCUGCAACCCCCUAAUCCUUAUCUGAACUCUGUGAGAACAUAGUAACUGGACUGUAUGUAGCCUACCCAUUUCUUGUCUUAGUAAGAAACACUGAAGAAAACAAUAGCUUCCACGAUGGAUCCGGACAAAGCUAGCCCGUCCCCCUCCACCCUCCAGGAGUCCCCAGGUCGACUGCCUUUCCGUACUUUACUGCUGGUUCUGGUCGACUGCAGGAAAACACCGGGGCAGACUGGAACUGAGAGAGGAGAAGGAGAAGAGGAACAUGGAGAUUUGAUUUCAUUAAGGGACAUCCCUAAUCGUUGCUCUCUAAGUGGGAGGGGCUUAUCAUCUGGGGAGCCUCAACAACAUUAUGAUGCUGACAAGAAAGAGAAGAGUCUCUCCAGAUCAGAACACCUCAAACACCAGCAUAGAGGUACAGGGAAGAAACCUCACCACUGCUCUGUCUGUGGGAAGAGUUUUGCUAAACAAGACUUGACAAAUCAUGAGCAAAUUCACACUCUAGAGCAUGCAUCUAAUACCUUAAAAUCUCAGAGAAUUAAUUCAGGGGAGGGACCUUAUACCUGCUUUGAUUGUGGGAAAUACUUAAAUCAGUCAAGAGCCCAGACUAACCACAAACACACAGGAGUGAAGCCUUAUAGCUGUGAUCAGUGUGGGAAGAGCUUCAAUCAUUCAGGAUCCCUGACUAUUCACCAACGCAUACACACAGGAGAGAAGCCUUAUAGCUGCGAUCAGUGUGGGAAGAGCUUCAAUCAUUCAGGAUCCCUGACUCUACACCAACGCAUACACACAGGAGAGAAGCCUUAUAGCUGUGAUCAGUGUGGGAAGAGCUUCAAUCAAUCAGGAUCCCUGACUCUACACCAACGCAUACACACAGGAGUGAAGCCUUAUAGCUGUGAUCAGUGUGGGAAGAGCUUCAAUCAUUCAGGAAACCUGACUACACACCAACUCAUACACACAGGAGCGAAGCCUUAUAACUGUGAUCAUUGUGGAAAGAGCUUCAGUCGAUCAGGAGACCUGAUCAAACACCAACGCAUACACACAGGGGAGAAGCCUUAUAGCUGUGUUCAGUGUGGGAAGAACUUCAAUCAAUCAGGACACCUGACUGCACACCAACGCAUACACACAGGAGAGAAGCCUUAUAGCUGUGAUCAGUGUGAGAAGAGUUUCAGGACGUCAGAUCACCUGACUAUACACCAACGCAUACACACAGGAGAGAAGCCUUAUAGCUGUGAUCAGUGUGAGAAGAUUUUCAGGACAUCAGAUCACCUGACUAUACACCAACACAUACACACAGGAGAGAAGCCUUAUAGCUGUGAUCAGUGUGGGAAGAGUUUCAGGACGUCAGAUCACCUGACUAAACACCAACGCAUACACACAGGAGAGAAGCCUUAUAGAUGUGAUCAAUGUGGGAAGAGCUUCAGUCGAUCAGGAUCCCUGACUACACACCAACUCAUACACACAGGAGAGAAGCCUUAUAGAUGUGAUCAGUGUGGGAAGAGUUUUGCUCGUUCAGGGUCACUGAUAAAACACCAGAAAGCACAAACAUGUUUUCUUUCACCUCCCUUCUCUCUGGCACCGGUUCCAGAUCCCUAAAUAAAGUUUACAUAGAAAACAUCUUGUAAACAGUCAUCCAUCUCCCAUUCUCUAACACUUUAGUAUGUCUGAUUGCCAUGGUAACAUGUGUAGCAUAAUAUGCAGCUCUGGAUCCAUAUGUAUCAAGCGUCUUGGAGUAGAAGUGCUGUGUGUGUGGUGGGGUGGGGGAGGAGGUGUUCAGAGCUAUCUUUUAAUUUAUGAACUCAUAUUAUCCAUUAAAUAAUGUAUAAUAAAAAAGUUUAACCAAUGGUAGGUGUAUAUUCAUGUGUGGGGGAAAUGUUAUCUGAAGAGAGAGUCUUGAAUUGUACAUCAUGUCUCAUACAGUCAUUGGUUCCUGUAGGUGCUGGGUAGAGAUAUGAGGGGGAGACGGUCAUGACCCCCUCAGACCUUUUGGCAGAACGCUCAGAAUAUGUUCUAUAAUUUACAUGCAGGAACCAAAUGUUAAUGAUGAAUAAUGUAAAUCAUGCAAAUAUAACUUGUCUGUGUUACCAGUAUAUAAGAGGACUAACGGGACUGCCCCGAAAGAGCUCCUGACCGACGUGUACUAUGGUGCAUUAAGUUUGUUGGAAUCUCUCCAGCUGGCUGAUAAUAAAUAAUUAUUAAUUUAA